ACACGAUGAAGCGGCCUCGCGCCGACGUCGAUUCCGAGGGACGUCCUACUAAGCUCAUUCGUGCUCUAAGCGUGGAUCGGAUCUCUCGGCUGAGCGAUGAGCUACUUCUGCGCAUUCUCGGCUUUGUUCCGGUUGCAAAUCUAACAGCUUGCCUAAGGGUGUCGCAUAAGUUCUACCAGAUUUCCUCAGAUUCUCAAAUCUGGAAAGCAGCCUAUUACAACCGCUUUGUUCGCCCAAGAGCAUCACGAAUACCCAGGAUCAAAGAUGCUGGUGUCUCCAAUCAUCUUUCAUACUCCUCGAGGCUGUCGAAAUGGCUGGGUGAAGGGGAUCUAGUGAGGAAUGGACAGGAGACUGAUUGGAAGAAACGGUAUAAGUUGAGGCAUAAGUGGUCUAAAGGACAAUGUGCAGUUCGGGAAAUCCCUGUCUCCGAACGUGCUUCAGUGCCGCCGUUACUCGCUAGGAUGCAUGAUGGCAUCAUAUUUACUACAGAUUCGAUAUCUGGACUACGAGCUUGGAAUGCCAAGGGAGAACGAGAAGUCAUCGCGUCCGUAACUUUGGAUACGCCGGGAAAUGGAACUACUCGAUCCCCAACAUCCUUGGCCACUGAUCUUUCGGGACGAGACACUGGAAAUCAGAAAGUCGUCGUGGGCUUCAACAAUGGUUCUUUCACCAUUUUUGAUUUCAGAAAGCAGGAUAAAGACUUCCUCUCUCUCUUCAACCACGCCCCAUCCUCCAACGGGAUGCUAUCGGCACUCGCCUACUCAUCUCCAUAUUUAUUGACUAUGACUGAUGGCCAAUUGCUUUCACUUUAUACCUUCUCUGAUAGCUUCCUGACUCCCCCGCGACUAUUGUAUUCCCUUAGAUCUUAUACUGUAUGGCCACCCGUGUCACUUGCGGUUCGCACCACAGCAACAAGCGUAACGGCAUCCACCGCGUACGCACUACCAACGUACCCUUCUGGUUGGACGGUCGGAAUUCAGGAAACGCGGCUUUCUCCUACAGGCGAACUCAUCGAGUCUCGCUUAGCGACAGCAGCGGAUGAGCACUUCCAUUCUCUUGCAAGAGACCCUUCCAUGCUGUCCCCACCCACUCGCCCAUCAUCUCCGUUCCCAGGCCACACUCAGGAAUCUGUAGUAUCAGACAAUCCAGCCUGUACUAAGCCGACCUCGCUGUCAUACUCUCAUCCAUAUCUCCUCGCUUCCCAUCCAGACAAUACGCUGACGUUGUACCUUGUUACUUCGACAUCGUCCUCACUUUCUAUCAGUGCAGGAAGUCGUUUAUGGGGUCAUACCUCAUCUGUCUCUGGGGCCCACAUUGGCGGACAUGGAAAGGCCGUUUCCGUGAGUCGCGUUGGUGACGAACUUCGUGUCUGGGACCUUGAAGGCGGUAUGGCAUCUUCGGCUGUCAGGAGACGCUUUAUGACAGGAAACCUCAGCGUCCGAAUCCAGCCCGAGAAGGCAGCUAAAGACUUGAGUGAUUUGUCGGAUGCCAUAUCUCAACGAGGCUCUGGACUCGGUCUUGCAUUGGAGGAGAGAUUUGAUGAUCCAUCUGUUACUCGAGGCUGGGUGGGUUUUGACGAAGAGAAUGUCAUUGUCCUCCGUGAGAAGAGCCAUGGUAGACAAUCGUUGGUGGUCUACGAUUUCACUUAGCGAAAGCGCAUGGAGGAUGGGGGUUUGAGCUGUUUCGAUAAGGCAAAUCUUAGCUCAUCUCUCUAGUGGCUAGGGAGAGGUCUGCGAACUAUUGGAGGAUAUAUAAUAAUAACAUUUUAGUCGGUAGACGGUUGCGACGUCGACACAUAG